AGCGAAGAAGAUGGCGCAUGUGAUGAAGGAAUAAAAGGAGAUCUUACACGCCUCCUAGAUCAAGCGUGCUCGCAACCGUACGGGGGGGUGAUUACGAUUGUGUCCUUUUGGAGCAAGGGUGCGCUGUUGGAAAUUUGAAGUCGCCAACCAUAACCUCUCAAGCGAAAGUCGUGUCGGUCGCAAAGAUGGGUCGGUUUUCUGCGGCCUUGGCCGUUGUGAGCUUAGUCGUCCUGGCUUGCGCCCUCCAUGUCGCAGAUGCCAAGGCGCCAUGUCCCUGCGCACCUGGGWCGAAGCGCUGCUGUAAGGACGGUCCGUGCGUCAAGUGCUGCAAGGAUUGCGACUGUGGCCCUGGGAAGAAGUGCGUCAAGGGCGAGUGUCAGCCGUCCUGCGGCUGCCCCCCUGGACUGAAGCRCUGCUGCAAGGACGGUCCGUGCGUGAGGUGCUGCAAGGACUGUGACUGUGGCCCCGGGAAGAAGUGCGUCAAGGGACAGUGCAAGCCCCCUUGCUGCCCCAAGGGACUGAAGCGCUGCUGUAAGGACGGUCCCUGCGUGAAGUGCUGCAAGGACUGCGAUUGUCCCAAGGGGCAGAAGUGUGUCAAGGGACAGUGCAAGCCCCAGUGCGGCUGCCCGCCUGGACUGAAGCGCUGCUGCAAGGGCGGUCCCUGCGUGAAGUGCUGCAAGCAUUGCGAUUGUCCCAAGGGGCAGAAGUGCGUCAAGGGACAGUGCAAGCUUCCGUGCUGCCCCAACGGACAGAAGCGCUGUGUGCCCUGCGGUCCGUGCCAAAAGUGCUGCAAGGAUUGUGAGUGUCCCACCGGGGAGAAGUGUGUCCUGGGAGAGUGCAAGCGCCCUUGCGCAACCGCAACGGUCACACCUCUCGGCAAGUAAGCCAUGUCGGAAGUGCUGCAAUACGCGUUGUUGCAAAGGAUGAAGUGCUGCGUCUGUCUGCAGUAGAAAGGAURAAGCGCUGAGGGUGCUUGCUGUACGUGUUGUUGCAAAUCAGCUUGCUUACCUUAUUCUGGUUCAUAGCUGACCGCGGGUAGGUKUCCRUUGYAGGAAACAAUAAAGGAUCGAGGUUGAUCCGCAUCCGCCAUGAUUGCCACUAGGUUACCGUCUUCAGUUUUCAUGAGUCGUGACAAAAUAGAACUAGGCUCAUCACCGACAGCCGAGCCUCUGAAGUUGGGACUGCCAACACCGGGAGUCGUGGAUAAGGCAUAGUGCAGAGAGCGACGACCAUGCGUAAUUGUUUGACACAGUCAUGGGUGACCCUCUAUGAGGCUUUGACACGGCUGUACGUAAUUGAUUGGUAAAGAGAGGAGUCCGAGCCUGUCCCUAUUCUCAGAUUGUUAGCCUUCACCCCAGCAGAUCGAGCCCGAUCUGCUUUAUUGUUUGCUAACAAUGAAAUCAAUUUCUCAUUUUCGC